AUGGGGAAGUCAUUGGCUGAUAAAAUUGCUGAAAUGGUCGCCAAAUCUGGCGCCAAAGACUAUGAUAUUGAAGAUGAUGAGGCAGUUUUUGAACAUAAUGAGCAUGAUGAUUCGAACGCCGAGAGUUCAGAUGGCGAAGAUAGUGGAUUAGAGAAGGAGCAUUAUGUAGCUGUAGGUCGUUCAAAAUUACGGCAGCAGCAAGAACCUGUGGCAUUAAAGAACGAGAAAUAUAACGGUGUUAAGGGUGUCAGAAAAGCUCUUUAUGAUAGUGAGGACGAAGACGAGGAGGAAGAAGAGCAAGAUGAAGAAGAGCAGGAUGAAGAAGAGAAUUCGGAUGGCAGUGAUGCAGUCAGUAUGCCCAGUGAUAGUGAUGAAGUAGAAAGUGCAAGUGAACAAAGUCAAGAAGAUGAAGAUGCCCAGAGUGAAGAUCAAAGCGAAGAAGGUGAAUUUGUCGAGGAUGAUGAGGGAACGAAGGUGAAAAGAGAGAAAAUGGCGCAACUUGUUCAGAAGGAGGUUAACCAGGCGAUGAACAAGCUUUCUGAAUCAAUACAGCGUGAUGCGUUGAAAGCUUACGCAGUUUUGGGCCAGUCUAAAUUUUUCGAUAAUAUUAUCGAUACCAGAAUCAAAUUGCAGAAGGCAUUGAACGCAGCCAACCAGUUGCCAUUGUCUAAGGAAACCUGGAAAUCCCAGCUGGAUGAAGAAAACACUGCGUUGUUAGCAGAGAGUCAGAAGCUGCUGAAGAAAGUUAUGAAUCAGUGUAUUGCGUUACGUGCGGAGUUCCAAAAUAAAGACCAAAUUAAUCAGCCAGAGUAUAAAUACGAUUCUUCAAAGAAGAGAACCUUAGACCAAUACUGCAAGGAGUCCGAAAACCUUGAUUCGCAGCUGAAAACUUAUAGAUCAGCUAUUUUAAAUAGAUGGUCGGUCAAAAUUGCAUCAACCUCAGGCAAAGCAGCAUUGAAUUCGUCGAAGUUUAAAGCUGUUAACCAGCCUGCAGAUGUUCAGGUCGAAAACCAAUUAGCUGAUCUUCCUAGGUUACUGAAACGUACCAGAAUGAAUAGAAGACAGAUUACUCCUUUGGGCUUUGAAAAGGACUUCGAAGCAGGUAAGUUAACUCAUAUGGGUCCUGUCGAUGAAGCUGGAUCUGAUGCAGAAGACGAAAAUGACCUUGAUAUCCCGAAGAAUUAUGAUCCAAGGAGAAAAGAAAACUCUGUAUUCGACACUUCGGAGCUUCCAUAUAUCUUUGAUGAUGAAGAUUUCUACCGUGUGCUACUAAACGACUUGGUCGACAAGAAGAUUGCUAAUGCCCAACAGGGUAGCGGUCCUCAUAUUGCAAUAACUUCACGCUCCCAGGAUAAGCUGAAGAAAAAUGUGGAUACCAAGGCUUCUAAAGGACGUAAAUUGAACUUUGCCAUUCAGGAGUCCAUUACUAACUAUGAGGCCCCUGUAAAUGGUGGCUACAAAUGGUCAGAUGAACAAAUCGAUGAGUUCUUCGCAGGUUUAUUGGGUCAAAGGAUAAACUUCGAUGAAAAUGUCUCCGAACAACAAAGUGGAGAUGAAGAAUCUGAAACCAUCAGGAAUGACGACAUUCAAAUAUUCGGUUGA